AUGUAUUUAAGAACAAAGUAAAAUGCCUGCAGAAUUCUCUGUUCAAGCACUUUCUGUGCUGGCUGCUACUUGAAUUGUCACUGUGCCUCACCCUCUUCUUUAAGAGAACUCCACAGUCCUUUUUUGUGUCUUGAGCUCUCUCCACUCUGACCUCAUGUCCUGCUUUGACUGCUUUUUGAGCACCUUCUGUGGAUUAAACAUUGAGUAGGAGCUGUGCUACAAAUUGAAAAGCAGAUGCCCAUAGGAAAGAAUUGCAAUAUAGGGGUGGGCAGACAUGCAAAUAGACAUAUUUUGUCAUUACAGGAGUCACUUUAGUAAAUAAGAAGCAGUGAGACUUAGUUUUAGUCUUAAGUCUGUCUGGGAGAGUCAGGCAGAUAUAUACACUUGCACCACUGUUGGGGUCUGUCACCUGAUAAAUGGUACCUGGAUUACUUUAUGUCUCAGAUCCUUAGGGAAAGUAUUUUAGUUCUUACAGUUCAUUUGAAGACUGCACAUAACAAAUGAACUAAGAAUAAUGAACAGAAUGUAUUGACACUUAUAAUUUCUUAGUAAUGAAUUUUAUUCUUUUAGAAUCAGAUGGCGUCUUUUGUGGGUUUUGUAUUUUUCAUUUGUUGUCAUAGGGAGGGAACAUAGAGGGAAAACUAGCGUCUACAAAAUGCCUCUGGUUGUAAUAUGUUUGCUAAUUUCCUCUUCUUUCUUGACUGCAUUCAUCUGUCUCUUUUAUAGAAUAAGCUUGUGUAAAACAGGGAAACAUAUAAGUUUCAGUAAUUAUGCUGUAUUUUAAAUAUUAUCAAGCAAGAUGUCCAUAUUAACCUUGUAAUUUCUUCAUUUUCUGUUUCAUACUGGCAAAAAAAUUUCCAUUAUAACUUAACCUACUUUUAUUUUUAUUUUUAUGAAGGAAUCCAUUACCCACAUCAACAAGAAACCUGAGCAGUUUGAAAAUGAGAAACAGCAACAAAGAAAGGAUGAACACCAGGACAAAACCCACCCCUUUGUCCAGCCACAGCCUCUUUUCUAUCCUUAUGCUGAGCCCAUGCCUUACCCUAUGCUUCCACAAAAUAUCCUGCCUCUUGCUCAGCCUGCUAUGGUGCUGCCUCUCCUUCAGCCUGAAGUGAUGGAAAUCCCCAAUACUAAGGAGACCAUCAUUCCUAAGCGCAAUGUGAUGCAAUUGCCUAAAUCUCCAGUAGUGCCAUUUCUUCAGCGCCAGAUCCCAAACCUCACUGAUCUCAAAGCACAGCUUCCUCUGCCUCUGCUCCAGCCCUGGAUGCCCCAGAUCCCCCAGCCUCUUCUUCAGACUCCCAUGCUUCCCACUCAGCCCCUGGUCUCCCUUCCUCAGUCCAAAGUCCUGCCUCUUUCCCAGCAAGUGCUGACCUACCCCCAGAGAGCAAUGCCUGCCCAAGCCCUUGUGCUGAACCAAGAGCUUCUGGUUGACCCUACCCAGGCAUUCUACCCUAUGAUGCAACCUAUUGCCCCCAUUUACAACUUACAACAAGUUUAAGAGGAUUUCAAAGUUAAUGUUUGCCCCUCAUAUUUGAAUUGACUGCGACUGGAAAUGUGGCAUCUUUUCAAUCUUUGUAUUCUGCUAUCCAAAAAAUUAACAUUUUUAAAUGAUUCAACAUGCAAAACAUGAAAAUGUAUUUAUUUAUGUAUUAUAUAACAUUCAUUUUAAUUUGACUCAUAACCUCUCUUUUCCAUAUUUUAAUUCAGAAAGUACCACAAAUUUCAAUUUUGAGUUGGAAAUGCCAUAACCCUAUCAAUAAUAUGUAUUCAAAUAGUUUCUGUAAUUGUACUUAUUAUUGCUAUUUCCUAAACAGUCACUUCAAUAA